AUGUUCCAGGCCAGCGACGACGACGCCAAUCCCUGCGGCUUUGUCCAAGGUCGUGACGACAACUAUGACAUGGCGCUGCAUAUCGGUGCCAUCUUUAUCAUCCUCGCCUUCUCGCUCGUGGGGUCGCUCCUGCCCGUGCUCUCCAAGCACCUCGCGUGUUUGAAGCAAAUGGCCGCCAUCAUGUCGUAUGUCAAUGCGUUUGGCGUCGGCGUUGUCAUUGCGACCGCGCUCGUGCACAUGCUUCCGCCGGCCAACGACGCACUCAACAACGCGUGCCUCGGUCUCUCGUACCCGGGCUUGGCCAACGUCAUUGCGGUCGUAGCCAUCCUCUUGCUGCAGUGCCUUCAGACCGAGCUCACGGCGCGGUUUGCCGCCCCAGCGGCGCCGAGUCGCCGUCGCACCAGUUUCACAGCCACGGCCACAUCCUGA